AUGGUGUGCGGCGGCGCGCGGCUUCCGCCGGCGACAAGGCCAGCGAGAGCGGAGGCGGGGCGGAGGCGGCCGGCAAGCGUGCCCCGUCGGCCUCGAGGGCGCCUGGACGCGGCCCCGGAGCUCCGUCUCGGCCGGACCCACGCGGGGCCAAGGCGGUGGCGGCCGGAGGCCCGCGCCGCACCGGAGCCCUACGAGGUGGCCACCGGCGAGCACCCGCGAGCGCGCAUACGGUGGCGCCGGCCGAGCUCGCCCCUCCUCCCAAUCCCGCGCCGCGCCCGUCCCUCUCCCUCGAGCUCCUUCGCCGCGUGUGGAGACCGGGCUGCCGGGCCCCCAUCGAGCUCCGCGCGCGGCCGAGCUCCGCCGUGGGGCCAUGGCGCGGCUCGAGCUCCCGUCGUCACUCCUUCCUCCGGUCCAUGGCGGCAGCGGCCAUGGCGUAUGCCCGCGCGGGUCCAUGGCACGGCGGUGGCCUCCCCGCGCCGGUGCUCCCUCCAGAUCCGGUUCUCUCGGUGCGGCGGCGAGCCUCCUCGCGCACCUCCUACCAACAUGGGCGGCGCGGGGCGGGAUGGCGGCUCCAGCGAGUUCCGCGGGCCAGGGGCUACCCCGGCGGUGGAGGAGACGCGGAGCAGAGGCGCCCCCUCGCCGCGGAGCUCGUCGGCCGAGCGGAGCCGCAAGGCCGCCCUCCCUCCCUCGAGCGGAGGUGCCCCCUCGCCGCGGAGCUCGCCUGCCGAGCAGGCCGCGGAGCUCGCCGGACGAGCGGAGCCGCUUGGCACCCAUGUCUGGAGGAAGAAGAAAUAG